UUUGAACCCCACCUCCAACUGGCCAAUCACAUUUAAGGAGAGGCGGGCCUUUUGAUAUUAACAGAUGAAACUCCCUCCUGCUUUUUAGAGGGUACAGUUCCAGGUGUAGACCCGCUACUAACGCUUCGACACCAUUUCUAUCAAUUGUUUCUGUUUUAUUUCAUAAACUUGAUCAAAUAAAAACAAAUAUGAAGCACACAGUUAUACUAAAUCAGACUAAACAGUCACUACCAAGAAAAGAAGCAGUGCAGCAGGACAAUAUUCAUAACCUUACAAUCAUGCGCACCAGUGAGGAGCUCUCUGGAAUUGAACAUUAAAAAUGCUAUCAGUGGACAAAGGCCCUAAAGUAAGGCUCUUAUUUAUGAUGUAUCCUCUUUAAUGAAUUUUUUAAUAGUUGCUGCAGAUAUCAAGACUUUGACAUGACCCUCUUCUCUCUAACAAAUAAGGUAAGAGGAAGAAACCUUUUAGAUUUUUCCUGAUAACAGCCUCAUUAUCUUGUUAUCUCAACUGCCCAUUUUCUCAAGAUAAGAUAAACUGAAUGAAGGGAGUUUCUAGGCUCCUGGGGAAUCCUCAAAGUAUUCUGCAGAAGCAUUUUGGAUGUGUAAAGCAGACUUUUUGGAUAGACUGAGUGUGUUUUACUCACUGUACUUUUUCAAGAACUCUACACCUGUUCGAUAAUACUAGAGCCAACAUAUUUUUGUGCAUGGAGACACAUUUUUCUCUGUGAAAGAAACACCUACUCAUCUUUUUAUUAAGAAACUUUUGAAGCUUUUCAACUAAGUCUCAGUCUUUUGGUUUUCCGUAGAAAAGGCACCGGGAGCUGCAGGUAAGUGGUCCUUUUGUUACUCUUCUCUUUUUUGUAAAAGUAUUUUCAGGGUCAGGACCAAAAUUUCAGCUCAAGUGAGUGAAAUAUUUUAUCACCAAGGAGCUCAUUGUCAAGCAUGAGUGAGAUGUUCAUGUGAAUAAUAGAGAGGAAGCCCUAUUUAAGACAAAAUAUCUCAUGAGACAUGAAACAAGGGGGCUGUAGAGGUUGGACAUCUUUUUAUGGAAGCGGACUUGUAUUUCAAGUAGAUUUCAGCUGUUUCAUGGGAUAUUCUAAAAAUAUAUAUAUAUUUAUCUACCUUAUUAUUUUGGGAAAAUGAGCUUAUUUUCUGCCAAUAAUGUUAUAACAAUCUGACAAAGUUGAAAUCUUAUCAAAGCAACUACAUUUAGAGAGAGAGAUAGUUUAUUCAAUCAAAUACACAUACAGGGGGGGAUCGAAAAGGAGAAGUAGAAGCUAUUUAGCUCAUUUAUACCUACCCUCAUUCCUUCCUAUUCGUCGACCCUGUACAUGUCUCUCAAAUUUUAGAAUUUCUGAAGUUGCCAAAAAGUUUCCAAAGCUCCAAAGUUUAACAUGAAUAUGUAACAAAACAUUAAUACUGAAACAAAGACCUUAUAUAUACAUCUAUACCUAUACAUACAAAUGUGUAUAUAUAUAUAUAUAUACCUAGAAUACUUCAAAACUCUCAUUUUUACCAUACCCAUAUACAACAUAAUAAAUGUGGCAAAAUGAAUAUCACUUACAUACGUAUUUUUCAAUCAUACUCUACUUUAAUUUACUUUUAAACUGCACUGUUGUUUUGCUUUGUUUAAGUUCAUUGGGCAAAGCUGUUCUACAGCUUCACCCCUAUAACAGACAGACACAUGCUUUUUAGUGUUGUACAAACUAAAUUUAUCCAGUUAUUGCAGGAAAAACUGAUAAAAAUGUGUUGAUGCAUGUUUGGAUAGUGAUUCUGUAUAGCAUAUUUUGGUUAAAAUUCCCCCCUCUUGCAUGAAAUUUCCCUAAAGUUCACCAAGCAAAGUCCUUUUUUUAAUUUGUGCCACAAUUUCUCUAGUCGGAGCCCUUUCAGCUCUAUCCAAGGUUUAAAUAUGAGCUGCAGACUUGACUUCAUGGUCUCAGUGUUAAUGUGUUUCAAGUAGAUUUCAGCUGUUUUCAUGAGAUAUUGACUCCUUUUUUUCUUUAUUACAAGUCAACAACAGCGAAAAAAUUUAAAUACCUUGUUAUCUUGGGAAAACAAGCUUAUUUUCUGGCAAUAAUGGAAAAAUUAAGCCUGUUCCUGUGUCUGUUUUGGGCUUUUGCAGCAUGGGGAUAGGAGGACAAAGUUGAAAUCUAAAUUAAACUGCAGAUAAAAGAGAUAAAAUUGUGUGGAUGCAUGUUUGGAUAGUGCUUCUGUAUUGCAUAUUCUGGUUAAAAUUCCCCCCUCUUGCAUGAAAUUUCCCCAAAGUUCACCAAGUACAGUCCUUUUUUAAAAAAUCUGAAUUUGUACCACAAUUUCUCCAGUGUAUGCAUGUUCAAAUAGUACUUCUGGGUUUUUUUUGUGCUUUUGCAACAUGGGGAUAGGAGUUUAACUAUCUGACAAAGUUGGAAUCUAAUCAAAGCAACUAGAUUUAACUGGUUAUUGCAGAUAAAAAUGUGUGGAAGCAUGUUUGGAUAGUGCUUCUGCAUUGCAUAUGUUGGUUAAAAUUCCCCCCUUUUGCAUGAAAUCUCCCCAAAGUUCACCAAGUACAGUCCUUUCUGUGCCACAAUUCCUCCAGUCAGAGCCCCUAUUCAGCUCUAUCUAAGGUUUGAAUGUGAGCUGCAAAUCAAAAUUCCUUUUGUCAAAACAGAAAGUGCCCUGAGCAGCCACUCAGGGCUGGAUGGGGAUCUCGGGACUCCCAUGGCCUUAUUGCCAUCCAGCUGACACAGAACUGCAGCUUCAGAUUUUACAGUAAGCGUGCACAAAAAUGCUCGUGUCGGUGUGCAAACCUCGGUUACAGGGGUGAAUUUGGCACUUUGAGUUGUUUAAUGUGGUGGUUUUAAAAGAGGGGGGUGCAGUUUGAACACUCUGAGUUGUUUUCAUCCCCACCACAAGUAGUUAAUUUUUAAGCAAUACAAUCUGAUGUAAGUCUGGGCAUGGCUGCGGCAGAUUUUCCCAACCCCCCUCUCUCACUCCCUCCCCAGCACUCAUACACACACAUAAAAACACAUGCACAUGCACGCACGCACACACACACACACAUCCCUGCUGCUCCAAAAUACUUUUUAUACGACGGUGGGGGCUCCGGAGAAUCUAAGGUGGCCAUAUUUGAUAGAUUUGUGUCGGGCUCUGCAAUGCAGAAAGCGAGAGUUGUCGCGUGUGAUCUUGCAAGUGACAGUGACACCAGGCAAGUCUGUCGGAUUCGUGACUGAUCCGGACUUGGAGAGAGAGGGGGGGGGAGAAAGAGAGGGAGCUAAAAAAGAGAGGAAGAGAGAGAGAGGGAGAGAGAGAGAGGGAGAAAGAGGGAGGGAGGGGGGCAGACAGAAAAGAAACAAACAACUAACAAUGUAACUUACAUGCAGCCACACACCCCUUUUUUCUUGUAACAAUGUGUACGUUUUUAAGGAGGGAGGGGGCGCGCAGAGGGAGAAAGAGAGACGGAGAGAGAUAGAGAAAGGAGGAGGGGGGUGCGUUCUGAAAUAAUAUAGUCAGCCAUUUUUUAUGUAAGGGGAUUUUUUCUUAUUGGGGGGGUUGUUAAAAAAUAAAUAUAAGAGGGCGGCCAUCUUUGUUGCUCUGCCUAGUGUAAAAUAUUUCAAAACGCCCCCCACUUUUUUCCUGUGCCGAUUUGAAUAUUAAAUAAAUAUCACACAUUCGAGCAAGAAUACGCUUUUUGCAUACAAGGACGGCGCCAAUGACAGGAAUAUAAUGUCCUCUCCUCUCCGGUCCUGUGAGGAAGACGAGGGCAUGGUGGUUAAUUCCGAGGGAGGAGAUUUUGAUGAAGAAGACGACGACGGAGACCUAGACGAGAACGCAAGCGACAUAAACUCGCCGGCGGCGCCACGGGAAACUGCAACACCAGCCGCGCCAGGUACAGUAAAAGGAAAAAGCUGGCGGACAGGUCGGGACGGGAGCGCGCACACGGAGAGAUAAAAAAACCCCACGCUAAAAAAUGUUGAGAAAUGGCUUGUUAGAAGUAGCCGCAGUUUGUGUGUGUGUGUGCCAUGUCUUGCUCCUUGCGCGUACAGUAGACAGCAGCAGAGUCGGGUGUGCGUAAAAGAGAGAAACACACUUAAUAGUCGAGAUUUGGAGCGAGGAGGCAAGUGUUAAAACCCGCUACUUCACCCCGUUAUUCCUCCUUUUUUAUGCUGUCAUUGCUGCAAAACAGACGAGCGCGCUCUUUCAAAACACUCAACGGAGCAACAAAAAACACCCCAAAAAAGCCAAAAAUGUGUCUCAUUUCUGCUGCUCCACUUCCUCUUCACCUCCUGCACAUCCCAACAAAGUUUACACCAACUCUCUUUGUUGUUGUUGUUGUCCCCCCACCACCAUCAAAAAGUUGUCCCUUAAAUCCCUUUUGACAGCUCCAAGACAUGUCAUGACAUGUAAAUGAGCUCGGUCUGCGGGGUAAUAAGGUCGCCCUGAAGGGUACAAAGCUCACGGCUGGCAUAGAAGAAGAAGAAAAAACAUGGACUCCGCUCACUGGCCGGAGGCUACAUUUAUCUGGUACCCAUCAUGGGAGGGGAUGAUGCUGUUUUGCUGUGCAGACAUGAAAGCUGGUGUGAAAUUGACGGAAAAGUUGCCCCCUCCCCGCUACCCCUCAUUGUCUCCAUGUCAGGUCAAAAUAGGACACUACUACUGCUGCAUGCUGCUCACUUUCAGGGCCAGGAAGGUGUGACUAUUCAGCACCUUUUUUUUUUUUUUUUUUUAGCUGAGCAUAUUAAUAGACACACACACUAUGCAAAGCAAACAACUGUUCCUGCUGCAGUAUUGAUUUUGUAUGAAUAUGAUUGACUGGAUUCUGUCAUUCUGGAAGUUUCUGGUGCAGAAAGUAGAUCCAGCUACGAUAGAAGUUACACUUAAUUUUCAAUAACUUGUAAUAAUGUGGUUUACAUGCAUUGCAGUGGUGGUAGAAACUCGUAAAAGCCCCCCUGCGUGAUAAAAAUAAGAGAUAUUGCGUGAAUACAGUGGAGUGUGUGUUGUUUUCUGCAUGAAUAAUACAGUUAUCAUCCAUUGUCUGUGGGCUUAAUUAGCUGUACUCCGGACCCGCCGCCAUGCCGGUGCCAGACAGAUAGAUUACACUCCGGCUUAAUUCACAGGAGAACCUUUUAUUUAACCCCCUGACGACCCCCAGCUUCUGUGGUGGUCGGGGGUCCCGGUGUGGGAACAGCUCAGCGGCAGAUAAAGUCGUUCCAGUUCACCGCACCGUCCCGCUAAUCUGGCGGCCUCUGAAUCACCGAGCCCUGCGUGCCUGCUGCCGCCGCCCCCGGCGUGUGUUCGGCGGCUGCGCGCUGUACAGACGCGCGGGAAAGCGGGGUUGUUUUACUGGACGGGGGUGGGCGCAAAGAGGAGGUGGAGAGGGGGGGAAGAGGAGGUGGUGGUGGGGGGCUUUUGCUGCUCCUACUGCUGCUGCUGGUGGUGGUGGGUUAGCGCUCAACAACAAAGGCAGGCAGACAAUAAAAAGGGAGAAAUUGCAGCCUCUCAAACAGACUGGUUGCAUGGCGGAAACCGCAGCCCAUAUUUCAGUUAUGCUUUAAUGCUCUGCUGCAGUUUGCACUUUGAAGCAGAGAGCUGCUGCUGAAUCUCUUUAAUACUCCAAAGCCAGGUCAGGUUACGGGUUAAAUUGCUUUUCUUGUGGUUGUGAUAUUGCACAGGUACCGUGGGGAAUAACUGACCUGGUAUUUUCACAUCAUCUUCUCCCUGCAAGCAGAGGUAGUCAUUUAUUUUGGACACACUGUGCUUGAGUGUUUACAGCAAAGACUGUAUUUACUAAGGACAACUUGUUUCUGCCUUCGGCCAGUAUACGGAUUUGAAGCCAAAAAGCUCUCGGUAAUUCCUCAUUUUUUCUCCAUUUCCUGAAAGUAACAUUGCGCAGUAGCAUUGUGCGCAUUCGGCGGGAGGGUCGCCGAAAGUCGCUGUGAGCUAGCAAUCUUUGUACGCCCGUAAGCUGUGUCAAGUGUCAAUCAUAGAAGACACGAAACCCUCAUAACUUUUAAAAAUUGAGCUGUACAGAAAAAAGAGGAAUUGAGCACAAACCAGUCUUAUGGAUAACAAAAAAAAAGCCACAACGGAAGUUAACGACGCAAGAAAAAAGUGCGAUGCAAAAAAAGAAAAAAAGUUACUUAUUGUGAAAAUAAGCCACAAUGGAAGUGAGCUGCCGGGGACAACUAACGAUGAUGCACCGGUGUUUUAUGAUGUAUUGUUUAAUUUCGCUUCGUAAACUUUUCAACGUGUCAUUUGGUUAGGCUAUGUUGCGCCUAUGCCGAUUAGCUAACACUGCACCAGCAUCCUCCAGUUCAACUUCAUAUUUACUCAGGCGCUACAUGGUCUAACCAAAUGACACAUUUAAAAGUUUACAAAGCGAAAUUAAACAAAAACAUUUCCACUUACUUCUUCACUUCUUGCUGUCGUCUUCUGUGCCUAGAUUGUAAAACACCGGUGCAUCAUCAUUAUUGGUCCCCAGCAGCUCACUUCCGAUGUGGCUAUUUUUUUAUUUGCAUCUUUUUAUUUUCGCAGUAAGUAACUUUUUUUUUCCAUUGCCACUUUUUUUGCGUCGUUAACUUCCGUUGUGGCUAUUUUUAUUUUUUAAACUACAUCAUUUCUUCUUUAUUCGCAGCGGGCUUCGGUUUCUUUCCUUUGCGUCAGUAACUUCCGUUGUGACCUCUUUUUUUUUUGCAUUCUUUUUUAUUUGCAUCAGUGGCGGUUCUCAGCCGCCAUAAUAUAAAACAAGAGUAGAGGCUUAAACUCUUUGUAUUUCUACUUGUUGUAUUUCCUUAAAUCAAAAUCCAGACCUUUUAAUUCUGCCUUUACUUGUGAGGAUUUAUGGGAAUUUUUUUCAGGCUAAAUCAGCGGAUGAUCACCCCCUGAGUAACUGGUCACACUUUUCCCCACCACUAUAAACCAAUUAUCUCCAUCCGAUGGGAAACCAGCUGUCAAAUCUACUUAUACCCCUCUGACAAACUGUAUCUAAUUUACCAUGUGUCUCAAUUCAGAGGAGGUCAGAGGUCGCCGACGCCGCCGUGGCUAUCACGCAGCUUUUGUUGUGUGUAAUUAGGUUCAGCGGGGAUUAUCGCAGGGUGUUGGGAAGCGUUUGAAAAGAUAAUCGCUCAUCUGAUCUUUCUUCCUUGCUUUCUUCUCUGCUUUUUCCCCCCUUUCUCUCCCAGACGAAGAGCAGGAGUUAUCAGACAGAGAGGUCCCGAUCAGGAAGAAAGGGCGACCGAAGAAGAAAAAGGACACAAAGAAGAAAGAAAAAGAAGGGAAACCAGUCAAAGCAAAAAAACGCAAGAAGAUUGUAAGCUCGAGAAGCCGUCAUGCCUCGGCUUUUCUGAUAUUAAUACUUCAUUAUUUUCAAGUGUCUCUCUUUUGUCUUAUCUCCAGGACAGUGAUGUUGAGAGGGACUCAGACAGAGAAAGAGACUUUGGCGAGAACUCAGACAGUGUAGCCAGCGACUAUGGCUCUGGGGAGAAAAAGAAGAAGAAGAAGCAUAAAGAGAGGAAGGAGAAGAAAACCAAGAAGAAAAAAAAAGGUGACGAUGGGGACCGAGACAGCAGUCAGGAGGAAACAACAAAGGUACAAGCAUGUGAAUCAAAGUUGAUGAGUUGAGUGUGGUCUGAUCUGUUAUCUCUCAGCACUGAUUGGUGGUUUCCUCACAGCAACCGAUAGAGCAGAAGACUUCGGCCCAGCUGGCGAAGGAGUGGGGUUUGGAGGAUGUUGAUCAUACCUUCACAGAGGAGGACUACAGGGAACUCACCAACUACAAAGCCUUCAGCCAGUUCAUGAGGUACGAGAUGUGAGAGAAAGAGAGGAGAGCAGGGAGAGGAGGAGCAGGAGGAGGAAGGUGUGUGUGUCUGAAAAGCCAAGGGACGAGAGAGAGAGGCUGUAGAGAUGCAUGUACGCUUACAAGCCAGUAAUAGGCCUGGGCGAUUUGGCAAAAAAAUAAUCACGAUAUAUUUUUUCAUAUCAUCAAAUCUUGAUUAUUAUCACGAUUUGCUUUGAAACCGAUAGUUUUAAAGCAUCUGUACUAAAAAAUGAAAAAACUAGAGAUUAGUUCAACAUUUUAUUAAACAGAUCUGUUGUGUUGCCAGUUUUAGAGGGCACCGACCGCCGACAUACCUUAAACAUCGGCGUAAUUUCUCAACGUCACUUUGGAGACAUCUGAACAGCCACACAACCGACAUUAAAUAAUUUUCGUUCUUAACAAUAACAUCUUUAGAGGAUGAUUCACAGUUAUCGCUGACAUCUAUUUUGCUGCCCUCAGCUCCUCGUUUAGCUCCACAUUCUGUCAUUACCUCCGCCAAGCAGGUUAUGUUUUCAGUAGCGUUGGUUUGUUUGUUUGUUUGUCUGUUAGGAACUUUACAGAGAAAGUAACAGACGGAUUGACCUGAAAUUUUCACCAGAGGUGCGUCUCAGCCCCAGGAGGAUCCCAUUACAUUUUGGUGGUGAUCCGGAUCGCCCUCUGGAUCCAGGAAUUUUUUUGAAGGAUUCUUUAUCAUUGUGAGAUAGGGCAAAUUUUGGAAUUUUUGCAUUUAACUCUGUAAAAAUGGCCAGAGACUUAAGUAAAAAAUUACACAAAAGGAUCUCAAUGAGUUUUAUGAGGUGUCAAAGGUUGAUCCUGAUCCAGACAAAAUUCUGGAUACUGUGAGCUGCUUGGUGGAGGUCUGCGUUCUCCGAGUGCUUUUCUAGUUCUGUUUACUUCUCCGACAACUUACAGAAGUGAGCAGGAUCGACUCUGAUUGGCUGUUGUGACGCACAUUUCCGCCAUGUUCGAACUGAAAUUUAUCACGAUCAUUUAAUCGCCCAGUCCUAAAGUGAAAGAUACCAUUCUGAAUCAUAAUAAGAUACAAGCGAAUUAAGGAUUCAACAUUAAACUGCCACAGAAUAUUUAAAAAAACAAAUAUUCGUCGGUCUCAACUUCCUCCAACAAUCCAACAACAAAUCCCACAGAUACAGGUGUCGCUGCUUGUUUUCGUCGUCCUCCAGCAGCUGCAUCUUUAUCACUGCAGCUGGUUGCUGUUUUCUGACAGCAGUGCUGUCAGUGGCAGCCUGAGCCUUGGCCUGUGUCUGACUCAUACCCGCUUUGACUCUGAUAACAUUAAGUAAUCCAUAAUGUCUGCUGCAUGUUGAUGUCGGGAAGUAAUUGUCUGUUUCCGCUCCACUGGCAGACGGAGCUGUAAUGGAUAAAAAUUAUCUCUCCUCAGCUAUACUGCGGAUUAUUCUAACUAUUCCUCUGACUAACAAGCAGAAGUAUAAAAGAGUGUUUAGUCCGAACUCGUAGAUAUUCAGAUUUGUGUUUGUUGUUAAUGUCUUUUUAUUGCUCAGGCCGAUGAUAGCCAAGAAGAAUCCCAAGAUCCCCAUGUCCAAGAUGAUGACCAUCCUGGGAGCCAAGUGGAGGGAGUUCAGCUCCAACAACCCCUUCAAAGGCAACGCUGCUGCCGUCGCUGCCGCCGCCGCAGCUGCUGCUAUCGCUGUCGCUGAGCAGGUCUCCGCAGCGACUGCUUCCCCCGAGCCGCCGCCUCAGCCGCCACCAAUCAGAAAGGCGAAGACGAAAGAGGGCAAAGGUCAGCAGUCCUCUAUCCUUCUUAUAAAAUCUGACCCUUGAGUUUUAAAGGAGCAUAAACAACAAUCCCCAACACAAGCUAAUGCCUUAUUAACAGUUUUGAUAGGGUGUACAAGCCAUAAGGAUACAAAGUAAUACAAAAUUUACGGCUGUAAGACACUGUAAAAAAGGGCUGAAACAGAAAUUUAUGCCUUAUUAUGGUAGACCUUAAGUAACAAGUUUGAUGAUUUUCACAUCCUGAUUUUUAAUGCCAUGCACAAGGGGGUCAGUGUCAGAAAAGACUGCGUUCUCCACAAAAUAGUCGCAAAUGAAAGUUCUUUACAGGAGCUUUAAAUUUCUAUUGAUAAACAAGUAAAGUCAAAAAUAACUGAGAUGUUUAAAAGUGGGCCGUUCCUGACAAAAACUGUUUUUGUCUUUGUGAUGGUUGAAGUUGUCUGGAGGAAAAUAAAUCAGUUAAGUAUUUCUUUGAAAAGUACUUGAGCGUUUAUGAGGAGCACUUUAGUGAGGAGUUCUGUCAGUGUAAAAAAAUGUAAAAAAGCUAAAAAUCUUGGGAUAUUAAGAAUAUAAAUAAUUGAUGUUAUAAUAUUUCAGACCUAUUUAAAUCAGGUCUUUUUUUGUCCCGGCUUGAAAAAAGUUUUUAGAAAUCUUGGUUUGAGUUUAAUUCGUGAGCAGAAACCCUGAAGGUAGUGAUGGGCACGGUAGUUCUUUUAGUCGUACUGAAUCACUAAAAUCAGUUCACUAAAAAGAUUCGUUCAAAAGAUUCGUUCACCAAAUCACUGAAUCAUGUAGCGCAGAUCUGUAACAGAUUUGUAAAAAUGAACUUGUUUAUAAGUCGUGAUGUUUUAAGUGUGCUGUCCUAUAGUGUGCUAUUUAUCAGGUCUGCUCGGUAAAUUGGGCUCAGUGAGUGAUUCGUUCGCUGAACGUUUAGAAGAAUUCACACUGAACAUGUACUGUUCCCUUGCAAACCGCUGCAAUGAUAUGAUGCUGCAGGUUUAAUGCACUACUUGUUACAUGCUGUGAACUAUUACAUGCAAGUUUUUGUGGUGGCAAUUUAGCGGUAAAAAAAAAAAAAAGAAAGGUAGUUUUGUCCAACUAAAAUGACUCCAGAGAGUGUAGUUCAAUGCGUGAUUCGUUCACCAAGUGAACCAGGUGUCGGUGCAUGCGGUCCCUCGUUCGCCGGCUGCUCAACUGACAAUGCAGUUUCUGACUUCAGCUCAACUGAAGUGAGAGACGAACGAAUCACUCGAGGAAGUGAUUUGGUUCAGUGCGUUCACUUAAAAGAUUCGGUUCUUUUGAACGAAUCGUUUGCGAACGACACAACACUACCUGAAGGUGACUUAAAAAAAUUUAGUAGGCUAAAAAUCGUGUUGUUCUUUUAUUUAUAUACUGCCAAGAGUACAUGUCAAUAUUUCAUCUUACCUUAUCUAAGGCCACACUGGAAGCAUUUAUGAUAAUUUUUCUGUUUGGACUUUUUUAAAAUCAGUUCUUUAAUACUUAAACAGCAAGUCUCGGAUUUUUAUUAUUAAAAGAUACACAUUUAAGAUGUCAUUUUAGAUAACUUUACAUUUCUACUAGACCUGCAUUGAGAAGUUUUGCUGAUUUUUAAGGCUAAUAUUUGUGUGUUAUCUACUGGUGUACUUACUCAUACCCAUCCUUUCAUUUAAAGCCACACAUCCACACCAGAGGGGCUGUAAUCACAAACAUCUACUCUCCUUUUGUUUACUUCUGUGUUUAAUGUUGCUCAUCCAAUCCUAACCUGUCCAGGUCCCGGCUAUAAGAAGCGCAGUAAAAGUCCUCGAGUCCCUGACAAGAAAAAGGCUUUGGCCAAGGCUAAAAAGAUGGCCCCCAUCCGGAUCAAACUGUCGCCUAUAGGAGCCAAGAGGAAGAAGAGCUGCUCCGUGAGUACAAAUCUGCCAGCUUCCUCUUUUUUCUUUCCUCUUUCUCUUACCUGUCCACCUCUUUUUUUUUCUCUUUAUUUUCUUUGUUCAUGUCUUCGCCUUUGUUUUGUUGCCUGUUAGAGCGAGGAUAUGGACGAAGAUGAAUCGGAGCAGGAGGACUCCAGCGUUCACAGCUCCUCGGUUCGAUCUGACAGCUCGGGACGGGUGAAGAAGAAUAAAAGAGGACGGCCAGCUAAGAAGAAAAAGAAAAGUAAGUGCGUUUCAUCACGUCCACGUUUAUAUCUUCUGUGCAAAGUUUAUUUCACCUUUAAAAUGCGUUUCUUUUUUAUACAUUUCAGACGUUUCUGUCUCGCUCCCUCCAGUCCCAGGCGAAGAGGAGGGAGACGGCUACGAGACAGAUCAUCAGGACUACUGCGAGGUGUGUCAGCAGGGCGGAGAAAUCAUCCUGUGCGACACUUGUCCCCGAGCGUACCACCUCGUCUGCCUCGAGCCCGAGCUGGAUAAAGCCCCCGAGGGCAAGUGGAGCUGUCCGCACUGCGUGAGUCCCGCCAACCACACACACCUAGGCCUGGUUCUGCUUUCUAUGUACGACCCGAUUCGCAUAUUUAUCUCAACGUCUGCUGGAGUGAAACCAGAGUUAAAAACAGUUGAAAGCGUUUCGUGUUUACUUUGCUCGGAGCAGCAGGAUGAAAUGCGGCUUUGUAGCUGCAUCACAAAUCUCUGCGGAGAGCGAGUCGCACUCAGACAAACACGGCACAAAGACGGAUACCUGAAGGGCCGCUGUGGGUGUAGAUCUAUUCAGUAAUAAAAAGCCAGAGCUCAUUUUAUGUUUCCACGACACGCUGCUUUGUCUUUAUGCUGAAACAAGUGAGAUCAGUCAGCUGCUUCAGCACUUCCAGGAAAAGGUGGUUUAUCGCAGCUUCCAGUUUAUCCUGAUGGCAUUAAGUUUUAUUCGUUGAAAAAGUGAGCUCUAAAAACUGGGACAGGGUGCGUUGGGUUCUUGCGGAGUCAGCUGAUGCACUUUGACCUGCCUGAACUAGCUCUAUGUUAUUGAAAUGUUUCUCUAUCAGGAAAAGGAGGGGAUCCAGUGGGAAGCGAAGGAUGAGGACUUUGAGGAUUUCGAGGAGGACAGCGAGGACAGAGUGAUAUCAGAGGUCUGCGCGGGACUCACCGGCGGCGCGGGGGCGGAGGAGGAGGAUGACGACCACAUGGAGUUCUGUCGGGUGUGUAAAGACGGAGGGGAGCUGCUGUGCUGCGACACCUGCACCUCCUCGUACCACAUCCACUGUCUCAACCCGCCGCUGCCCGAGAUCCCCAACGGAGAGUGGCUGUGUCCACGAUGCACAGUGAGCCACUUCGUUUUUUACUUCCGUCUUCUUCAUCGGGAAGAAUUACAAUAAACAAGUUUGUGUUUUUCCUUCUUAGUGUCCGCCAAUCAAAGGUCGAGUCCAGAAGAUCCUUCACUGGCGAUGGGGAGAGCCUCCACCCCCUAUACCUGUCCCCCCUGCCCCUGACGCCCCUCCUGAUGCCCCUCCACCUCCUCCGAUGAAGGGCAGAGCCGAGAGAGAGUUCUUCGUCAAGUUAGCCGGGCAGUCGUACUGGCACUGCACCUGGAUCACUGAGCUGCAGGUACGAAAAAUCCUCAAUGAUUAUGAUGAUCGAGAUGGAAAUUUGAGGAGGAGGUCAAACUCUUCUCCUUUCCUUCUCUUCAGCUGGAGAUCUUCCACUCGGUGAUGUACAGAAACUACCAGAGGAAGACGGACAUGGACGAGCCGCCCAGCCUGGACUACGGCUCGGGCAAUGAGGACGAGAACGUGGUGGGGAAGAGCGAGAAGAGGAGGGCGAAGGACCCCCAGUACGCCAUCUUGGAGGACAAGUACUACAGAUACGGCAUUAAGCCUGAGUGGAUGAUGAUCCACCGAAUCAUCAACCAUAGGUGGGUCUGUUUUUGUUCUGUUGAGGUGUAUCAUGAUUAUUUUGAUCAGCAUUGAUUUCUCUGUUAGCUUACUGUUUGUUUCUUUCACCAGUGUGGAUAAGAAGGGAACGUACCACUACCUGGUGAAGUGGAGAGACCUGACCUAUGACCAGUGCACCUGGGAGAGAGAUGACAUGGACAUCCCCGACUUUGGGAUCUACAAGAGCAACUACUGGAGGCACAGGUUGGGAAAACGCAAAACAAACGCCAUCAAGAUAACAGAGAAGCUGUUUUUAAAAGCCCAUAUUCACUGAUAACUUUCUGCUCAACAGAGACACAAUAAUGAAGGAGGACCCGGACAAACCGAGGAAGAUAAGGAGCAAGAACCUGGACGGAGAAGAGGAGGAGGAGUCGCCUGCGUCACCCGUCACAGACGUGAGUUUAAAUCAAACAGACAACUCACACAGGAAGUCAGACUACAGACUACUGCGAUCUUAAUUAAGAGUAGUUAGUCCUUGUUAAGUGUGUGAAAUCUUUCCUCUGUGUUCCUUCUUUUUGUCCUCCCAGCCAACGAUAAAAUACGAGGAGCAGCCGGACUUUGUCACCUCCACGGGUGGGACGCUGCACCUGUAUCAGCUGGAAGGUCUGAACUGGCUCCGCUUCUCCUGGGCUCAGGGUACCGACACCAUCCUGGCAGAUGAGAUGGGCCUCGGCAAGACCAUCCAGACCAUCGUCUUCCUGUACUCGCUCUUCAAGGAGGUACCGGAGCUUCUUAUUAUUCGUCUUGUUCAGGCUCCUCCAUGAAGGUCGAUGCUGACGGGUUUGUGUGAAUCUUUAGGGUCACACCAAGGGUCCGUUCCUGGUCAGCGCUCCGCUCUCCACCAUCAUCAACUGGGAGAGGGAGUUCGAGAUGUGGGCACCGGACUUCUACGUGGUGACGUACACGGGCGACAAGGACAGCCGAGCUAUCAUCCGAGAGAACGAGUUCUCCUUCGACGACACCGCCGUCAAAGGAGGGAAGAAAGCCUUCAAACUGAGAGUGAGGGACCGGAAGUGCGCUAUGAAAGGCUGAAGGAUAUUUAAUGCUGCGUUCAAGUUACUUUGGAAGUCAGAUGUCCGAGCUGGGAAGGACGUCACACCCGAGUAACCAGCACCAAGUUGGAAAAAAACGUAAUCGGGAGGCGGAAACAAGAUGGCUACAUCUAUGAAAGUUAUUUUAGCGCUUGCCUUGUCCUUGCUUAUAUUUGGACAAGGCUAGCAACAAAAUAACUUUCGUAACUGAAACGCUUGUAACUCGGGUGUGACGUCAUUCCCAGCUCUGACUUCUGACUUCCGAGGUAACUCGAACGCAUAAGUAAAGAAUAAAUGACAACAUCUAAGUGAAGAACAUAGAGUCGCAGGUCUUAAACUUAAUCUUUGUUUUGCGGAGUACCUCAGGGGUCAAUCCUUGGUCCACUGCUUUUUCUAUUUUUAAUUUUACCUUUAAAUCAUUGAACCCAAAAGUUAUAUUUAUACCUUUUUUAUCUUUAUUCUUAAAAUAUGUUCAGUUUCUGUUUUUAAACUUUUUGUUAGAAAAGCGAUCCGAAAUUAGAGUUUCUAAAAGUUGAACAUGAAUACUUUGAUUUACUGAUGCUAUAAUCUGACCUGCAUUAGUUCAGAUUCUCAGUAAUAUGCAGUGAUACUCAGAAGGCUUGAAGCAACAUGCAGGAGAAAACCAGAGUAUUGUGAUCACUUUUUUUAGUGCAUUUGACGAAUUUAAACUCGCCAACACAAACAUUAUAUUGUAUAAAAAUGACAAAAACUUAAAAUAAUCUCUAAAAAUGAUGGGAACUAAUCUUCUUUCCCUCUUUGUUCCUCUCUUCCCGUCAUGCAGAGAGAGGCUCCAAUCAAAUUCCACGUGCUGCUGACCUCCUACGAGUUAGUGACCAUCGAUCAAACAGCACUCAAGUCCAUUGACUGGGCCUGUCUGGUGGUGGACGAGGCUCACCGCCUGAAGAACAACCAGUCCAAGGUACUGUAAUCUGACAGUGUGGGUAAACUCUCAUUAGAUGUGACUUAUUUGUAUGUUUCUAUGUGUCUUAUUAAGGGAGUGUGAAAAAGAUGUGAACUGGAACUGAAAAGUUGACUCAUCGGCUCCCUCUGGUGGACAGACUGUUUAAUGACAGCUCCAUUUCUAAUGAAACUGUUGUGUUAAAUAUUUGAGAGCUGAAGUUAGUUUUCUUGAUUCAGUGCAACAUAGUUUACCUAAAAGUCUUUUAAAACACAGGACUUUAAUUAAGUUUAAGUACUUUAAAUCUCUUUAUUCACAUAACAAUUUUUUCGAACUGUUUUCUUGUUUUUGCAGUUUUUCAGACGCCUGAACGAUUAUAAGAUCGACCACAAGUUGCUGCUGACGGGAACUCCUCUGCAGAACAACCUGGAGGAGCUUUUCCACCUGCUCAACUUCCUCACACCCAACCGCUUCAAGUAAACUCACACUCACACGCAGACUCACACAUGUACGGCGUUUAAUUCCUUCAAUUAUCAAUCUAAGUCUUUUUUUUUUUGCCCCCUGCGUCUCUCUCUGCGCAGUAACCUUGAAGGCUUCCUGGAAGAGUUCGCCGACAUCUCCAAGGAGGACCAGAUCAAGAAGCUGCACGACCUGCUGGGGCCUCACAUGCUGCGGAGGCUGAAGGCCGACGUGUUCAAAAACAUGCCGGCUAAGACCGAGCUGAUCGUCAGAGUGGAGCUGAGUCCCAUGCAAAAGUAAGAGAAAGGUUUCUACGCAAGUAUGGAAAGUAUUUCAAGGUCUUAAAAAAGUACGGAAAAUGAAAAAUAAAGUAUAGAAAAAUGUUUAUGUUUCCAGACUAUUACCACAGUUCUAAAAUACUGUUUUCUAAAAUAGAAAAGUAGGUAUUUCCAAAAAGUAGGGUAUGGAAAAGUAUGAAAGUUCCAACUGUGUUGGAGCCCUGACAGAGGAAAUGUGGAGAAACAUGGUGAUAAAAUGUUGUUCAGCUACUUUAUUUACCAUUAAAUCUUCCUAGUGAGACCGAGAUCUGAGUUUAAAGUCAAAGCCUCUAGUGAGACGUAAAAAUAAUGCUGGUUUAACAUUAAUCACAUGUAAAAACUGGGCUUUACACCAGAAGACAAAAGUUAGAGUCAUAAUUGUAAAAAUUUAGCAGCUGAUUGUAGCUAAAAAUCUCUCUGUAUCAAAAGAAAAAUAAGAAAUAAUAGCAAGGAGUGUCAAAAACAUAAGAAACCAUAGCUCAAAGUACUAAAUUAAUAAGAAAAAUGAGCAAAAAAGUAAAUAAUUCAGAAGAUAUAUCAGCAAAAAUGUACACGAUAAAUGAGAACUAUGAGCAAAAACUACACAUUAAAGAAGAAAUGUUAGCAAAAAGUACAAAAUGAACAAGAAAUAUGAUUUAAAAAGUAUCAAACAAAUGAGGACUAUGAGCAAAAAGAGCAUUUGGAAUAAGAAAUAUUAGCAAAAGUAGGAAAUGAAUGACAGGAUUACAUGCUCAAAGUGCAUAAUUUGGCUGAAAUGUUUGCAGAAAAGACCGAAACUAUAAAAAUAGAUACAGUGCUCUUCAGGAUGUUUGAUAUUUUCACAGUGGCGGAUGGAGAGAGAGAUUAAAAGGAAGGAAGUUGAUUUCUUUCUUUUUGUUUUUGUGUUUUUAAACAGGAAAUACUACAAACUGAUCCUGACUAAGAACUUUGAGGCCCUGAACUCGAAAGGUGGAGGAAACCAGGUCUCCCUGCUCAACAUCAUGAUGGACCUGAAGAAGUGCUGCAACCACCCCUACCUCUUCCCCGUCGCCUCCAUGGUCAGUUCAGUUGUGAGGAUGUGUCUGCGCUCCAUUAUUUUAUUUUCCAUCGUUAUAGAUCGAAAAGCUUUUGGUUACUUACAUUCACUGUUCUGUUUUUGAAAUAUUAAAACAAACUCAACCUAAAACCUAUUACCUAAUCUGUUUCAGAUGCUCUUUAGUUUAACAGAAAGUACAAGUUCUCUAUUAUUUCUUCAACCUGCAGAACAGUGACCUCUUGUGGUGACUUCUUGUAGUGAUAAGGAAUCUCAUUUAUGCUUUUGAUACCUGAAAAAUGCUUAAAAUAAAAGGUUAAGAUGUGAAAAGUCUCUAUGAAAUGCUUUUUUAUGUUACUAUAGGAAGCACAGAAAACCCCCAGCGGUGCGUACGAAGGUUCAGCGCUCACAAAGGCUUCUGGGAAACUGACGCUGUUGCAGAAGAUGUUGAGGAAAUUGAAAGAGCAGGGCCACCGUGUGCUGGUCUUCUCACAGGUACGAGCACACACACACAGACACACACACACACACGCUAGAUUCGCUCUCCUCUCCACAGAUGGUGAGUUAUCCCCACCGCAGUGCCGACUCCAGCUGUUUCUCCAGAUGAAAACACGCUCACGCAGCCAGCUGUCGCUCUCUCCCUCCUCCUGUUUACAGAUGACGAAAAUGUUGGACCUGCUCGAAGAUUUCUUGGACUAUGAAGGUUACAAGUACGAAAGGAUCGAUGGCGGCAUCACGGGAGCGCUGAGACAGGAGGCCAUCGACCGCUUCAAUGGUGAGACGCUGAAUCAGGACUUUAAAUGCUGCUUCAUUUUUAUCAGCUGAUCAAAAACAUGAUAAUUUUUUGAGUAAAAGUGAGAUAUUUCAAAUCCUCUAAAAGAUUUAAGAAUCAUUUUUUAAAAAGUACACAGACAUAAUUAUGACAGGGAAAAUAAAAACUGUCUUCUAAAAAGAUGGAUGACCCGACAGCUCCCUAAAAGUGAAGCCAAAAGAAGUAAAGCACUCCCUACUGAUUUCAUUUUCCCUCUCCAUGUUGACAGAUGGGACAUGGGUUCAACUUACGAAUUAAAAAACACGACAAAUUAAUUUUCAUUAAACAUGUUUUUGUCACCACAGCUGUUUUUUUUGACGAUGAAAAAGUGAGCGAUUGACUCAGCGGACAGUAAUACCAUGUAGCUAAUUGGUUAAAAGUCACCAGGAUGGGUGAGAUCAAGACAAAUUCCGACUAUUCCUCCUAUGUACAAUGUAUGUUAAUGUGUUAAAACUCAAUAAAAAUUGUUAAACAAACAAAAAAAAGUUCUCACUCUGUAGUGGAACUCACCGCAUCAGCACAAAAUAAGGUGUCAUGAGUAGCAUCCUCUCAUAAAUUAUUAAAAAUAUAAUAACUCUGGAUGUGUGCCUCGUCUCUUUCAGCUCCUGGUGCGUGUCAGUUCUGUUUCCUGCUCUCCACCAGAGCCGGAGGUUUGGGCAUCAACUUGGCAACAGCGGACACCGUCGUCAUCUUCGACUCGGACUGGAACCCUCACAACGACAUACAGGUACCACAGACUGGUCGCUAAUGUGAAAGAGCAUGACUCGAUGUGACCUGAACUCAAUCUCCUUCUUCUUCUUCUUCUCUUUUCUCAGGCGUUCAGUCGAGCCCACAGAAUCGGGCAAGCCAACAAAGUGAUGAUCUACCGCUUUGUGACCCGAGCCAGCGUGGAGGAGAGGAUCACACAGGUGGCGAAGAGGAAGAUGAUGCUGACACACCUGGUGGUCCGGCCAGGCCUGGGAUCCAAGGCCGGCUCUAUGACCAAACAGGAGCUGGACGACAUCCUGAAGUUUGGGACGGAGGAGCUCUUCAAGGAUGAAGGAGAAGGUGAAGACGAGAUGAUUCAGAUGUGUGAGGUUCGUUUUGAAGAAUCAGAGAAAUUAAUUCAAAUCUUAAUGUUGAAGGCAUGAAGAACAACUCCGGGGACAAAGCCGAGGACGAGGGCAACGUGAUCCACUAUGACAACGUGGCCAUCGAGAGGCUGCUGGACCGAAGCCAGGACGCCACGGAGGACACCGACGUCCAGAACAUGAACGAAUACCUCAGCUCCUUCAAAGUGGCUCAGUACAUGGUCCGAGAGGAGGACAAGGUGAGGGUGGAUUUCAGGCCAAUAUCACGGAGGGCAGCAGACAUCUAAGAUCUUCACUUCUUCCGUUGAAUCGAAAAAAUAAACCUCUUUCUUUGAUCGCUUCGGUCAGGAAUGUCAUUGGCUCGUGAUGAAAAUAUAGAAUUCAUGGGAAUAGGAAGCGUGCUCGUUUUUAUUUGUCGUACAUUUGUAGUCCGAGAAUUGUUGACUUUUCCGUUUCAAGAACUCUUUGGACUCAAUCCCAUUUAACAUUUUUACCCAUGCCCUUCAUUUGUGAGUGCCCCUCUGCUCUUUGGCACCGAGUUCAAAGGGACAGCGGCGAAAUAUGUCCCCACAAAUCAGGACAAGACCCGCUAUCUAUGCAUGCUAUCUAUUUACACCAAGAUAUCAACAUACUUCCGUUUUUUUAAGGCUUGAACUAAUCAGCGUUUACAUUUCCGUUUCCGCAGAUCGAAGAGAUCGAGCGCGAGAUCAUCAAACAGGAGGAGAACGUGGAUCCGGAUUACUGGGAGAAGCUGCUGCGGCAUCACUACGAGCAGCAGCAGGAGGACCUGGCCAGCAAACUGGGCAAAGGGAAGAGGAACCGCAAACCGGUCAACUACAACGACGCCGCACAAGAGGACCAAGGUAGGAACCGGGUCUUGAUCCGGCACUGUGUGGACAUCUUUGUCUCGAAAGCUCCGGUAAGCUGAGAAAACUGCUUCAAGCUGUUUUAUAUCAAUUACACUUCGGUAUUAAGAUCAUGUUGGCUGUGCGAGAUCUCUCCGGGAUGCCCUGGAUUUCUCGAGAUUUAUUAUGACUCCUGUAAUCUCGGUAGAGGAAGGACUUUGGAUGAUUUUCUUUGUUUGAGUUAUUGCUUGCACAGUGGACGUGAAUGGGCCUGGCCUAUUGACAGACCACCAUGUGCUGUUUCAGAGUGGCAUGCUGACAUUUCAGAUAACCAGUCCGAGUAUUCAGUGGGCUCUGAGGAGGAGGACGAGGACUUUGACGAUCGGCCAGAAGGUAAGACGAUUAAGAAAAAAGGAGAAAAGACACGAAUGAAAGUUAUAAAAAAACAAAAAAGAAAAGUGCCUGUUGUAGCACACACGCAGGGGAAGGUCUGUGUUGAAUUACAGGUCGAAAUUGAUUUAGUUUUUACAGUUGCCUGGCAGAGACAAAGACUGAGUGAGUUAGAUUGUCAGAAAUGCAGAACACCAUCCACGUCUUCCUCUGCGCUCCAAAAAACCUCGGAAAAAUGCUAGAAGCAACUUUUACUGGUUGACAAACUUAUUAUUCACUUCUAACUACGAGUUUCAAGAAAGUCAGCAAAAUUUAGUCACACACGCUUAAGUCCAUCUGUGUGUUUUUUUUCAGGUCGAAGGCAGUCCCGUCGCCAGUUGAGGAAUGAGAAGGACAAACCUCUGCCUCCUCUCCUGGCCAGAGUUGGCGGGAAUCUGGAGGUUUGUACAACUUGCUGGAACCAAGCCCGCUUCAUUAUUCUUCAGAAUCUUUUAUUUUGAAAUCCAUCAGCUUUGUUUUAAGUGGAGUUAGACUUGUGAAUAUUCUUCUAACAGUCUUUAAAUGAAGAAGUCAAAGAAGUCCAAGCUGGUCCAAGCUGACUCAGACUUGAUAACACUGGAUUUUAAAGCAAGGGUUCGAGGUUUCUGUCCAUUCGGACAUUUGGAAGGUCUUUAAAACUGGAUCUCUUUUUAGCACCUAUUGACUCUUCAAUAUCUUAUUCCCAUUUGCAGGUGUUGGGUUUCAAUACCCGACAGAGGAAGGCGUUCCUGAACGCAGUGAUGCGCUGGGGGAUGCCGUCUCAGGACGCCUUCUCGUCUCAGUGGCUCGUCAGAGACCUCAGAGGAAAGACGGAGAAAGAGUUCAAGUAAGAAUGAACACUUUCGUCUUUAAUCUGAGAUUCUGAGUCUGUUUUUGACUCUGUGUUUCACUCUCCUUCUUUUCUAGAGCAUACGUGUCCCUCUUCAUGCGACACUUGUGCGAGCCGGUGGCUGACGGCGCCGAGACGUUCGCGGAUGGUGUGCCAAGAGAAGGGUUGUGUCGUCAGCCGGUCCUCACCCGCAUCGGCGUGAUGUCGCUUGUCAAGAAAAAGGUCGGCGCAGAUACGACACUGAGAGAUGUUUUACUGAAUGAAAUUGUAUGGGUAGAUUUUGUGACACCUGUGAAACAAAACUUGUGAGACGCAGCCAAGACUGACGGUUGGGGUAUUUGGGGUAUAGGUUGGCGUCCAAACCCAGUGUUAGUUUGACCUUUAAAACCCCAACCCUGACAUGGGUUCACAUCAAAACCAUGUCGAACCCAAUAUCCCUACAUGUAAAAAGGUUUUGAAAAGCAAUGAAUCCCGAAGACAACAGAACCUUCAGGUCCCCUAUAAAUGUCAGGGAUGUUUUUCUAGCCGGGAAUCAAUCAAAACGAUGUUCAGAUAACCUCGGGGCUCGCACUUUGCCCGUUCGCUCGAAGUUCUCCAAAUAUGAAUCCAGUUUUCAGUCCAGCUUGUUGAAACCUGCUGACAUCCUGAUCUGCUAUCUGAGCCAGAAGGAGUUUAUGAAACACUGCCAGGCAAACAGGGCAUGUGGGUGGUGAGUUUAAAUAAAGUGCUAUUAGGUAAAAGGAGCGUGUGCCAAGGUUUUUAUGACUGUGUGUGUUUUGUGUCCAGAUUCAGGAGUUUGAGCACAUCAACGGGCGCUGGAGUCUCCCAGAGCUCAAACCUGAGGUCUGUGUGGACAAAUCCUCCUCCAGGGCAUCCUCUCCUGCCGCGAAGACCGCCACGCCCACCCCAGAUGCUAGCUACAACAACACACCGUGCACCUCCAAACCAGGUAACCACACUGGCUCAGCCACCCUCACAUGGUCCACCAGGGGGCGAACUAUUCAAAGGGGGCAGCAGAUACACUUAAAGUGGGAUCUACAGUUAUGUGUUUGUUAAUUUAUUGAACUUUUACAGCAACUCCUGCUCCUUCAGAGAAGCUGGAAAAGAGCAGUAAAGAGGGAGAGAAGGAGGAGGAGAAGGAGGAUGGAGAGGCGAUGGCCGACAAGGAGAAAGGGAAGGAGAAAGAGAAGGAUGAAGGGAAGGAGGCAGAUGGGGGCAAGACUUCUGACCCUGAAGAGGUGAGACAACUAUCUUAAAGGGUUUUAGAGAAAAAAACAAUUAAUUUACUUUUUUCAGUUUGUUUGUUUUGGGUGAGUGAAGGCACAAAAGGUUAAAACAUGCAUGUAAAACAAAAAUAAGUCAGAAGUUUAACAAGCUAUUAAAUUAAUAAUUUAUUUGAAUAGAAGAUUUAAUUUGAACAUCAUUUAUUUCAUGUUUCAUCAUUGACUAGAGGAGUAAGAGCAUUAUUUCAUAGCCGAAGCUUUAGGUUUGUGACAAAGACUUCAUUACCCAGAAUGCACCUUGAUGUCACCAGGAUGUUUGGCGGGAAUUCGACGAGAAAAAUCUGCUACGCAAUGUAUAUUAAAAGUUAACGUGGAGUUUUCAUUCAGGAAAGGAAGUUUCUACUUUUAAGUCCGAAGUCAAGCCAAAAGAUUUUACGUGUUCUUGAAUAUCGACACGUUUGUACAGGUUGUCACGCACUAUUUAAGGUUAUUUCAAGGUGAUAUCUGGGGAGACUCAUGCUCCCGUUCCAAUUACCUCGGAUGUAGGAGCUGGGAAUGACUACACUCGAGCCGACGGCGUUUCAGUAAACAAGUCGGAAAACCAAGAUAGACUCCUACUGUUAGCUGCCGUUAGCCGUUGUCAGUUGUUGUUCGCGGUUGUCAGCCGUUGUUAGAGAUUUUCAGCCGUUGUUAUUCGUUGUCAGCCGUUGUUAGAGGUUUUCAGUUGUUGUUAGCCGUUGUCAGGCGAUGUUAGAGGUUUCAGUCGUUGUUAGCCGUUGUAAGAGAUUUUCAGUUGUUGUUAGAAGUUGUCACCCGUUGUUAGUGGUCUUAAGCCGUUGUUGGGGUUUUCAGUUGUUGUUAGCGUUUUUCAGCCGUUGUCAGAAGUCGUCAGCCGUUGUUAGAGGUUUUCAGUUGUUGUUAGCGGUUUUCAGCCGUUGUUCGAGGGUUUCAGCCGUUGGUUUUUAGUAAGCGUUGUUAAUCGUUGUCAGACGUUGUUAGUCGUUACAGUCGUUGAUCGCUGUUGUAAGUCGUUGUUCGCUGUUGUCAGCCGUCAGAGGUUUUCAGUUCGCCGUUGUCAAAGGUAUUCAGUUGUUAGUCGUUGUCAGCCGUUUUCAGUUGUUGUUAUCCGCUGUCAGCCGUUGUUUUUUUCAGUUGUUAAUAGUUGUCAGCCAUUGUUAGUCGUUGUCAGCCAUUGUUAGUCGCUGUGAGAGGUUUUUCAGUUGUUGUUUGUGGUUGUCAGUCAUUGUCAGCCGUUUGUCAGUUGUUGUUAGCGAUUGUCAGCGUUUGUUGUAGCUAUACCAGUUGUAAACAACGCAUAACACAGCAUUUUACUCUUACAAAUACCAUAUAGCACCGUGUUUACAGUUAGAUGUUGGGUAGUACAAUAUAUACCACUUAUCCCGACUUCCGAGUACAACUGGAAUGCACAUCAGAUACUGAACUUUGACUUUCCACAGCUGUCAACCUCCACAAAAGAGGUGUCACAAACAUCGUCCCCCAGUCAGAAAAAGGGCAAAGAGGAGAGUGACCUAAAAGAGGAGGAGAAGAAAGAAGCAUCUGAUGCCACCGCCGCUGCUGCAACCGAGGAGAAGAAAGAGGAGAGCAAAGACGAAUCCAAACAAACGGGAAAGCAAGACACAGACGUCAAAGAGGAGAAAUCAGGUAAAAGCAGUUACCUACUGGUGCAAACGGAUAUGGAAGAUAUGCCUGGAGACAAAAGGGGCAAUGAGUAUCACAUAGUUUAAGUCUGUUUUAUAAAGCUUUUAGUAAAAUCACUUUUUUUUUCCUUGCAGAAGGAGAAAAGUCUGCGGAGGAGAAGGACAAAGACAAAGAAAAACGAGAGGAGACGCAGACGGCAGCAGAAGCUACUGAUGCAAAAGACAAGAGCGAGGCAGCUGAUGUGAAGAAAGGUACGUCUAAACUAAACAGGAUGACUCACUACUGCGAACAUGAUCUGAGUUUAUUUGCUGAUUAAAACCAUGGCUGUCUUUAUCCAUCACAGAGGAAGUAAAAGGUGAAAAGGAUGCAGGGAAAGAAGUCAAACCAGCGAAGGAGGAGGUGCCACCUAUUCCACCUAAAGGGAACGGGAAGCCUCCUGCAGAGCGACCUCGCUUUAUGUUCAACAUCGCUGAUGGCGGAUUCACAGGUGAGGAAGUCGUUCAACUUAUAUUUGGCAGAACGGGUUUCCUCAAUUCUUGACUGUCCUUUCUGCACGAAAAUCUUCACAAACACAUUCCUCUGAAAGGAAGGAAGCAAAGAGUAACGAACUCUUCACUGAUGUGUGAUGGUUUUUAAGACUUUCAGACGUUCAAACUUUUACGUUUUAACUCUUGGAGAGGAGGGGAAGGUGAAAAGGUGAAAAUAACUCUUUCAGUCAGCCAAACAACUCUCAAAGCAGUCCAAACAACAUGAAAUUCACAACCAAUGUAAAAUCAUAACAUUCCCCCCGACUCUCCAGAGCUCCUGUGCGGGAGCAGCGAGCAGCCAGAAUUAUCUCCACCUUGAUCAUAAACCUUGAAAAGCUCUCCGCGCCUGUGGAAACACCUGCAGCCAGGUUUCAGUGAGCUAAGCACUUUGACACAAACCGCAUUUUAUAACCUGUGUCGGCUUCACCCCUGCAGAGCUGCACACUCUCUGGCAGAACGAGGAGCGGGCUGCCAUCUCCUCGGGGAAGAUGAACGAGAUCUGGCACCGCCGACACGACUUCUGGCUGCUGGCGGGAAUCGUGAUGUAUCCUUGACAGCGGUUGCCCAAGCAAUGACCCUACUCUGUUUAUUUUUCUAUCAGCCCGCAGAAGCCGAGUGUAAUAAGUCAACAACCCAGCAAGAGCUCAGUAAACAACAAACCGUGUCUGGUGGAGACUGAUGUACUGGGUCAUUUAGUUCAUGCUGUUCCCUCUAUUAUGCUAAUGAAGGGCUUGUAGCGUUCGCUUUAAACUCUAUGUUUAUUAUUCUUCGAGCUAAUGUCGAAAACGAGUAGAAGUGGAAUAAAAAAGGAGAAAAGCUUCGAUUUUGUGGUAAACUAACUGCUGAGCUGCAUUUUAAGACAAUGAAAAAUGAAAUCAAUCUUCAUUCUGGGAAAGAUUAACUUCAGAUUUUGGGUUGUAAACUUUUUUACUGCUCGGCGAAGCAGGGGGAGCGGCUGGAAUUGAACUGUCAUCGUCUUAAAAUAACAAGGAUAUGAAAUUGUUGAAGCUUUUCUGUUUUGAAAUGUCGUUAAAAGUCCUCCAACUCCUAAAAUAGACAGAUGAAAGCAAAUUAACAGCAUAUCUUCUAGAACUUUUCUUUUCUUUCUCUGUAAAAAGGUGAUUUUGUUUGAUUUUACCCUCACUCUUAAAUCACCCUUGACCGCUAUGCCAGUCACGGUUACGCCAGGUGGCAGGACAUCCAGAACGAUCCGCAGUUCGCCAUCGUCAACGAGCCUUUCAAGUCGCAGGCGAACAAAGGCAACUUCUUGGAGAUGAAGAACAAGUUCUUGGCUCGACGGUUUAAGGUAAGACGGCCCCACCUGGUUCACCUGAUUCCUCAGAAACAAAGACACAUGAUUUAUUCGUCAGUUCGGUGUUUAUUGACGUUUUUAUUGCCCUGCUUGUGCUUCAGACGUGUUCAAAAAAAAAAAAAAUCCCCAGGUUGAGAAGUCAGCCCUUCUUCCAUGCAGACAAACUAUUUCAGUCACAUUAAGUCGUGUCUUCAAUCACCUGACUUGUUUGAUGGUUGGAUGACGGAUGCCCCUAGACCCACAUAUCGGCCGGGUGGUAUUGCUGACGGCUGCAUUUCUGGAAAAGCUCUCAUCCUGUUUUGACCGGCUCACAUGUUUCAGAUCCUGCCUUCAACAUCCUCAUUUACUGUAUCUCCUUCUCUCUGUCCCUCAUAAAUACGAUCUUGCUCUUUAAUCAAAGGUUUUGGUUUGAUACACAACUUUUUUAUAAAAGAGGGAACAAAAAAAAUUCCCAGGGUUUUUUUGGUUUUAUCGUCAGUGCAGCAGGUUUGCGGUGUUUCUUGUUAGAGAAGUUAUUUUUUCUUAUGUAAAUAAAGUGGUACAUUUGAAUAGUGGACUCCAACUUCAGAGAGCUUCUCACAGCUGUCAAUCUAAAAAUUUGUCUAGCAUUAUAAUCCAAGAAAAAAAAACAUGUUAAAAUUCCGAAGUUUCAGGUUUUUGUCUUUUUUAGAAACAAAACAAACAAACGAGCUUAAAGCUCUUGUGAGGUGUUUUUUUUUUUUUGGCUUAUAUGAAACAGAUUGACAUUCAUCAGCUAAAAGACUGACACACUGACUUUAAUUGCAAUUUUCAAUGACUGAGAGGUGUCAGCCGAGCAGCUGGUUGGACUGUUUCUAUGUUAAAUAGUCACAAUAAAUAACAAGACUGUUUUGUCCACAGGGGGGCGCCAAAACCAGGAGGUACUCACUGGAGCUUUAACUAAAUUGAUCACAAACUUUAACAUGUGUUAAAGUUGCAGUGUUCAGCUAGGAUAACAACAUUUUUAGAUGCUCAAAAAGACCAGAUUUCAGUUUCGUAAUGUAAAGUUAUUUAAACGAUUACAAAUUCAUUUUAUACAUUUUACCUGAAGUGGAAAUUUUUACAGUGAAAAAGCAGUUUUCAAAUCGAGUGUCGCAUCCUGAUACGUUUGUUUCCUUCUUGUUAAAGCUCCUGUAAGGAUUUGUUGACUUUGGCGCCCCCUGUGGACAAAGUGGAUAUUGCUGCUGAUUUUCUCUUUUCCUUAUAAAAAUGGUGUUGAUGACAAAUAAACCUCCCUCUGUUGUUUUUUAGUGUCUUUUUAUGGUUUGAGCAACUAAGGCUGUUUCUUCAUUCUACUUUCCCCCGCGUAGCCAUUAAAAAAAUAAAAAAUUACAAUAGAAAAAAAGUCGGAUUUGUUAUUUUGUUGUUUACAUUUGCUUUUGUACCUCAAACAGAUGCAUCGCUGUUUGGUUCAGUCUGUUUCAUAACUUUUCCUAAAAUUCCUUAUAGGAGCUUCAAGGACAGAAAAGUAAACACACUUUGUCUUUUUCUUCUCCUCCUUCAGCUACUUGAGCAGGCUCUUGUGAUCGAGGAGCAGCUACGACGGGCGGCCUACCUGAACAUGACCCAGGACCCGACUCACCCGGCCAUGGCACUGAACGCUCGCUUUGCGGAGGUCGAGUGUCUCGCAGAGUCACACCAGCACCUCAGCAAGGAGUCGCUGGCGGGGAACAAGCCGGCCAACGCUGUGCUGCACAAAGGUGAAACUCUGAUGCCACUAAAGGGUUAAAAAAUCCCCUUAUUUUGAAAACCGUCUGCAGUAAUUACACAAACAAAUCCGCUGUUAGAGAAAUAAGCCACAGACAAACUCAUGAAAGAUUGUCAGUCAGAUAAUCAGAGGCGCACAAUGAAAGAGAUACACAUAAACACGUUUUACAGCCCUGUUUUGCAAUCUCUCCAUCACUCUGCCUGGAGCUGAGUUUAGCGAAUCAAACAGAUAAGCUUGUUUGGAGAUAGCUCCAAACAUUCCCUCUCUGGCAGGCUUGUGUAGCACUUUGUGUUCUGCUGAAAUGUGGAAGUGUUGAGUUCGACACUGCACCGCUUGUUCUCGAUCCUGUCACAGAUUCUCUGAACGAAAUCAGAUUAAUGGCACGAUGACAGGGCGCUGAAAUGAUAACAAGACUUACACACAUAUUUGUACUUAAUUGAUAAGAAUACUCAGAGUUAUCACCAGAAUAACAUCUUAAGUUCCCAGAAAAACAUUUGGAUAUAGUCUUUAUCACUUACAUCCUUUGGUCAUUAUCAUGCUUGUAUUCGCCACAACACUGAGGAAGAAGUUGCUGUUAUUUGUGUUUUUAUUUCCUGAAAAUUUCUAAAAGCAGACCAAAAAAUUGAUAUCUUCAUGCAAGGACACCUGAAAAAACAGAUCAACGUUUUGACAAAUCUGUUUGUGGUGUUUAAGCCAAUCAGCAUUCAGAUUACUGAUAACCAGAGACACAUCAGUAAUGAUCAAUCUGACCUCUUUUUUUUUAUUUCAAUACAAUGCAAAUUUACGUCCAACAAUUUCAAAUAUAUGGGUUUGCAUAAAUCUAAUCUUAACUCCUUUUAAUGAACACGCAUAGAAAACUACCUGACAAUGUUUAGAUUUUUUUAACAGAUAUACGUUACAAUGUCUUUUUUUUUUCUUACAAAUCUACAUUAUGUCUUUUUUUUUUUUUUUUUUUUUACAAAUCUACAAUAAAAUUCCAUUUUUGUUUUUAAAAAAAUCUACAUUAUAAUGUCUUAAUUUUUUUUUACAAAUCUACAUUGUUUUUCUUUUUCAAAUAUACAUUAAUUUUUUGUUACAAAUUUAACAUUAAAAUUUCUAUUUAUUUUUUUAUUUUUUUCCAAUUUUACAUUAAAAUUUCUUUUUUUUCUACAAAUCUACGUUGUAAUGCCUUUUUUAAAACAAAUCUACAUCAUAAUGUCUUUUUUUUUCAAAUCUACAUUAUAAUGCCUCUUUUUAAACAAAUCUACAUUAAAAUGUUUUUUUUUUUUUUGCACCCACCAGAGUCAGUUAUAUUUGCACUUAAGGGGUUAACGGAGUAAGGACUGAUGGGGGGUGUUUUGCCUCCCAUUAUUUCGCACCAAUCACUGGCCAACCACUAAACCUCUUUAUUGAUGAAUUAUAAAAUAUCUAUGAUAGUUUCAAGUACAAAAGAUGCAGAAAGUGUAAAAUGUGCAUUAAAGCGACACCUUCAUUGUUUGUUGUUGUUGUGACAGUGUUGAACCAGCUGGAGGAGCUGCUGAGCGACAUGAAGGCAGACGUGACCCGGCUACCGGCCACGCUGUCCCGAGUCCCGCCCAUCGCUGCCCGGCUGCAAAUGUCAGAGAGGAGCAUCCUCAGCCGACUGGCCAGCAAGGGCACCGAGACGCACACACCCCCGGUCAGCAGCCUUACUUUGCCUUUCCUCACACACACUAGCACACAAACGUAUGUAUAUGUGUAUAUAUAUAUAAAAAAGCUGCCACAGUCACAAGUCAAAACCUGCUGAGCUGCCUGCAUUCAGUGGAAAAAUCACAGCUGGAGGACAGCCAAUGAAAAUAAAGAACCCAUUAUGUUGUCACCCACUUGUGGUUUUUUUCACUCCCCAACUGUUUAGUCAGCACAUUUUUGUCUUUGUCGCUUACGUAACUUUGAAGCGUCUCAUUGUUUUAUUUUCUAUUUCUAAAAUUCACUCAAUUCCUUAAGGAUAAACUCCUCUCUCACUUUUGCGCAGCCCAUUCCUCCAGGACCCUACGCUACUCCUCAGAACUACGGCGCCCCCUUCACCCCCGCACCCCCCAGCGCUCUGCACAUGGGAGGAGCCAACUACAGUCAGAUGCCGCCCGGAUCCUUCAUAUCAGGUCGGUGUUUGAAGCUUAAAUCAAAAACUUGGCUCUCAAUUCAAGACUUGGAAAUACAUCUCAAAGAAUAGUAAUAAUUGAGCGGAUACGCUUUUAAUUUGAAGGGGCACCACUAUUAAGUUUAAUGAUAAUUGUUCAGAGCAGCUUUGGGCAGAUUUGUCUUCACCUACCCAUGCAGGAUGUGAGUCUGUGAGGGUGUGAGAGGUGAGUGUGUCACAAGCAGUAAUAAAAAAAGAAUCAUAGGCAUUACAGCGGCCAUAAUUAUAGUAUUAAAGAUGAUUUACACAACAAUGAGAGCUUAUUUCAACUUCCCAAGCCGGCAAUUUAAACCAGAUUUAAGCUCGGGCUGUUGAGUGAUUCCUGUAAAGUAUCCAAUAAUAUCCUUUCUUAUUUAAUGAUGAAUAUCUUUUCGCAACUGGAACAAAUCUGGUGAUGUCGUCAAGGACGUUUUUUUCGAGAAAACUGUUCCUGAAGUGAAGGACAGUUCAUAAAGAUCAAAAUGUGGUGGUAUGACUUUGAUUCAAGUGUCUUACUCUUAUAAAGGUUCUGGUUUAAGAUUGUGUUGCAUUAUGGGAAAUGUAGGAUGCAGUGAUUUUGGAGCAUCGCCUGAUUCUCAGAAACAUUUCAGUUUGUGCUGCUUUGAUUUUUACUGUUAUUUCAACAAUUUUUACCUCUUCAUGGGGUUAAAAUUGUAAAAAAAAAAAAAACACCUCAGUGCUCCUUCAAGGUUCUUUGUAUUAACUUAUAUGAAAACUUCUAAAAACAAACACAAAAAAGACUUAAGUAGUUUCAGAACAUGUAAAAGUUGCUUAAAAAAAAGAGAGAAAGUUUUAUAUUGAAGUUUUAUAAGAAGCUGUGAGAGGGCCUGUGUCCACCAGUGACGCGUGAUAGGUAGGUUUUUUGACACUUCUGCUUCCCUGUUAACUCGUUGUUUGGUGUUUGUAGUUUUAGGAGAAAAGGUAAAAACAAUUGAUGAAAGUAAUGUUAUAUCUUUAGCAACUUUAAACCUGGAAAAUGUUUCCUUUUGUUUCUCUGGCUUUGUUUUUCAUCCCGCCUCUCCUCGAAACUGUUGGGUUGUUGACAGAGAAGGGAAACGGCAGUGUUGCAAAAGUUGAAUUAUUUUUAACUGAGAACAACAACAAACAUUUGAAGCCAAAGGCAUAUUUGUGUUUUAAACGCUGAGUUUUGUGUUGGUUUUGUUGGGAAACAGCUGCUGCCCGCACAAAAUAAAACAGUGAUAAUGGAAACAGGCCCUUAAUGAGUCGAAAACUGGUUCUGGAAGAAGAUGGGCCAGACUAAUCAAAUUUUAUUUUCUCACUCCUUUACUCUUUAAGUUGUCACAGUUUUAAAGCUCCUAUGAAGAGUUUUUGAGAAAAAUAAAAUUGACUCAGAUUAACAUGAUAUCCAAAAACAAACAAGUUAAACAAACUUUCUGAAUUUUAAAGCCUGAAGUUGUCAGUCAAGCAGCUUAAUUCCUGUUUCUACAAUUUCAAUAUAAAUUAUUCACAAUAAAUGAUUUAUCUGACUUUUUAGAGUCAAAGUUUUGAGGACAAAAAAAGAAAGUCUGUUUUGUCCACAGGGGGCGCCAGAAUACACACAAACUGAAAGUUCCUCAUGGGAGCUUUAAGAAAAACUCAAAUUUUCUUUCCAAAUAACCUUUUCUAACCUUCAAAACAGGUGACAAAAAAACUUCCAGGACUGUCUCUUCGAGUUACUUUUUAUUUUAUGUGUGAAGCAGAUGGCAAAUAAAAGUUUUAGCAGGUGUUUUUUUUUUUCACUGGGCUCAUCUUUCUGAGUUUUUCAUCUGGAAAUCUUUUUCUUUUACAAAAAAAUAGAAAAAUUCCAAGGACUUUGGAAAGAUUAACCUGGCAAAACUUCACCUGAACAUUAAAAAAAAAAGUGGUUUUGGUGAGAAGAAAGAGAAUCAGACCUUGAACUCCUUUUUUAUUUUUGCCUCUUGGGGCUUCCGUAGAUCUCUAAUAAAGAAAACCUGUGCGGACUGAGCUCACUAAUGACAGUUCUUUUAAUCUGUGCAGUAAAGAGAGAGGAACAAGUCUGGCUUUUGAAGUCUGGACUUGAUUAGUUGGCAACUUUCACUGAUGAAGGGCGAAAACCCGUCCAAAGAGUUGCUUCUAUUUAAAGAUAUCAGAGGAAUUCCAGCUUUAUUUGGUUAUGUUGUUGUGGAAAUAUUUGGCAGAGAAAGGGUCAGGCUUCAUCAAAAUGACUGACUCUGGGAAACGGGUGUGUCAGGAAAACAUUGAUGCAUUUAUUUCACGGCGGGGUCAGCGUUUUAAACCCCCAAAUCCUACUUUAAUCUUAAGUGGUGCAGAGAGCUACUUGAUGGCUUUAAAGCAGCUCUGUUUCGCACUCUUUGAAUGGACACUUUAUCUCCUCGAGCAGCUCGAAGUUGUGAAACCUUAAAACUCCAGACAGGACUCCAUAUUGGAAAAUAACGUGUGCAGCAGAGUUUCUGAUGUGGCUGCCAGACAGACACCUGAAAUAGACAUUACCCAAAUCAAACACAUAACGUGCUGCGCGGCUAUAUUAAGGCAUUUUCAUCUCUUAACAUGUCCAACCUUGAAACCUCAAUGCUGGGCUCAGCAGUAAUGACAUAUUGUGCAACAAUAAAAGCACAGUCUGGAGCGCUAUCAGACCUGUCUGAGGAGUGUUUUCUUUUCCAAGCAUGUUUAUUUUCUCUUUUGAAGUCCGAUUGGCGCUCUCAUUACUCUCAAAUCCCUUAAAAAAAAAAGAAGGCUUUGGCCUCCCCCGGCCUGCGGUCUAUCAUCCCGCACUGGCAGUUUGUGAAUUUAUUUUCUCAUAAUUAGUUUGGUAACAGCAUAUGCUCUCCAGGCGCACUGCGUGUGUAUUCGUGUUCGGGGAUGUUUAGAUAGCAGAGAUAACUGGUAAAACCUGAUAUUCCCCGGUAGCUUUGCCCUAAAAAACCACAACAGCCAGCUCUCUGCUCGCCUCUCACUCAGUGUGUCUUGAUUUAUGUAAUUGUAGACUGAGACAUCUGUCAAAGGCAUUGCAUUCUCGCGAGCCAGAGCCUAUCUCUGAAAAUGUCAUUAUGCUCAGCCCGUCUGAAUCUGGCCGUGCCAAGAAAACAUUCGGACUUUGUGCCGAGGUAUUUUGAGAGGGACAGAAACCACAGAAGGAGUUUGGUUGUGUAAACGUCGUGUUGUGACUUGUGAAGCGGCGGAGGGCUGGGCUGAGCAGAAAUAGUCGCGCGCGCGGAGUCGGGUUCCUCUGUGAGGCUUUUUGCUCACGGGGGCCUCGGUCUGAACAUCCUGAACUCUGGCGGGGCGGACGCACGCAGCAAACGAGGCCACAUGUACGGUCCUGAUUGGGGUCGCGCUGGUUCCCGGUUUUUUAGACUCAGCCGGAGAGGAGAAAAAAGAAAAAGUUACAACAACAAAAACUCUGAUUCUGUGACCUCUGAGCGUCCCUCCAUUAAUAGCCCUCUCCUGAGAGAGAAAGUACAAAAAACAUCACCAGAAAUAUGCAUGUCUGCUGUGGCACUCUUUAACUCCACAUCCACGUUUGUAGCUACACUCUGUGAACCCUGAUGAAAAAUGUUAAUGAUGCAUCAAAUGCUCCAAUAAAGGAUUGUUCUGUGCUGUCUCACACAUGGCGAAAUUCCGCAUUCUCACAACAUCUUGAAAUGCAUUUUGGAAAAACCUGUUUCUGCCAUCAGUACUGCAAAGAGGAAGCUACUCAUCUGCACUUAAAGGACUCGCACAUAGACAGAGCUUCAUCUGGUAGGGGCGUAGAAAUUAGAGAGAUUGCCCUUCCGAUGGAGCGAGCCCUGACUGCAAUCGCCUGCCGUGCUGAAGUGAAUCCUCUGACCUUUGACCUCCGUACUUAAAAACAGAACCCCCUACGGGGACGAGUAAAGUGUCACUUUUUCCUGCUCCCCUCUCCGAGUCUCCACUACAGUCUGCCGCUUGUCUGCCCCCACAGAAGCCGCCGCCGCUGCUGGGGCCACCGGGGGAGCCGCCGGAGGGUCGGCCGCCGCUUGCCAGAAGACGAAGGAGCACGAUGUGGGGCAGCGGCAGCGGGUGGUGGACCUGUGGAAGGACGGCAAGUCGGAGGGCGCCAUUGGGCAGGAGCUGAGGAUGCCCAAGUCGACGGUGCACAGCAUCAUCGUCAAGUACCGACUCAGCAACACGGUGGAGAACCUGCCGCGCAACGGGCGACCAAAGAAACCCUGAAGAGGAGAAAAAAAAGAAACUGAAUCGAAACAGAAAAGGAAAUAAAGGGAGAGAUGAAUGCCCAAGGACAGAGCGCUUUAACUCUGCUGGAAUGUGAGGAAUAAAAAGAAAGAUGUAAAACAAACUUGAUGGAUCGAUCAAAGACCAAGAGCCAGAAGGAGCGGGCAUAAAAAGUGAAAAAAGUGGCACCUAUUAAAAGAAAAACACGGGGAAUGAGGAGGGAGAGGUGCAAAGCUGGCCCUGAGAUCAAGCGCUAAUGAAGCGUGGGGGGAAAAAUGAAGCCGAGAGAGAAAAAAGGGGGGAAAAAAAACAGAAGGAAGACCUGUCUGGAACAAACAAAUCCUCGUGCAGAGAGAGAAAAGACGCCGCUGAAAGGAAUCUGACGUUAAUGGAAAAGAUGCUCAGCUGAAGAGAAAAAAAGGCGGCAUGUUAAUGCAAUCACAGGUUUGUUAGGAAUUCAGAUGCGACGGCUGCAAAAGGAGGAAAAUGCAACAGAGUCUUCUUCCUUUUCUGUUUUUUGUACCUCCUCAGACGGACUUCUUCUCUCCCUCUGUGCCGAAUAAGAUUUCCCCCCGGAUCAAUUCUUCAUCCGCCGGCUGACUGAACAAGCCUGUCCCCUCACGCCGACCCCGAACUCCCUCAUUCCUCCACAAUCCUGCACUCCUCCGUCUCUCUCUCUCUUGCACACUUAUACAGUAUAUAUAAAUAUAUAUAUAUAUACACACUUUGGACCUCACACACAACCUAGAAACCUGCAAAGAAGUGAAUUUAUCUGCUGAGCAGAGGCAGAUGAAGGCCAAACUGAAAAUAGAAAGGGACAAAGAGGACGCUUGAAAAAGGGAAAGAAUGCAAAAAAGGAGUUUUUUUUUUUCUUUUAGUAGAAAAGAGUUUUUCCCAUGAACUCUUUAACUGAAGUCCAAACAAGCAAAGAAGUAAAAAGCAGAAGCGUAAAAAAGAAACUCAGAUGUUGCAGCAUGGAAGCCGCACCAAUCUGAUGAACUGAGAUAAGGAUUUUUAACGUUUUAUGAAGCAUAUUUGCUCUAGCACCUUUAUCAUGGGGGUCUCUUAAAGGGAAGUAUGACUCCAGUGAUUUUACAUUUCCUGGUUUUAUGCCUCAUCACAGAAAAUAUCAGAAUUUAUGAGCAGCUCUACCCCAAAGUUAAAGACUGUAAUCCGUCACUGAAAGAAAAAGGGAGCCUCACUUUGAAGCCCGGAGAGACUUUUUUUUGUUCUUUAAGCUUCUUUUAUUGUGACAGUGUGAUGGAUGCCACGCUGGAAAAUGUCCCCCGAUCCCUGAGAAAAUAAAACACUCUGGACUGUGUCAUCGGUUUUCCAGCUCGGUGUGUGUCUGUGUGUGUGUGUGUGUGUGCAGUAGAGCUGUACAUCAGUGUGACAUCCCAGACUAAAGUAGCUGGACAAACUCCUCUGCCUCAAGAGACGUGAAAAAUCGGUUACACGGUUCAUACUUUUCUAAGACGUCUGAGUAUUUCUAAGCUAAAAUUUUCUUAAUUAUCUGAUAUGCUUGAAGGACAACAGAUGAGGCGUGUGGCCUGCACUGAGAUCUUCACUGUCUGUGUGUGUGUGUUUGUGUGUGAGUGAGUAUGUUCGUGUCUGUAGAGUAACCUUGAAUUAUCUCGAAGCCAGUCCUCCUUUGAAUUUCAACGACUCACCUCACUUUGAUGAAGAAAUAAACCUGCAUUUAAAGCUCCUGUGCAGAGUUUUUAAGUUGGUUAUGAAACAGAUUUAAACUAAUACUGAUAAUCUUUGUGGGCUACGAUAGCGAACUAGACCAUCCACAUUUAAAUAAACUAUUUCUUCAAAGUUCAGUUUCUUAAAGACACUUAAAGGAGUUUUAUUACCUCCAGAAGUAAACAAGACAAUCGGCAAGAGGGAUGAUAAUUUCGCUGUAGCCAUUUUUAAUGCUAAGCCAAAGUGAGUUAUGUAUUUAACUCUGAUGAGGUUUUUGUCUGAAAACGCUUCUUUUGACGGGUUGAGAGGAAUCACUGAGUUAACAAGAGGUGCCGACAUAAAUACGAACUGAAAGUUCCUUACAGCAGCUUUAUUAAGUCCAAAACAACAGCAACAAUGGAAAUGUGACGCUGAUGAAACAACUGCGCAAACAGAAAACACAUGCUAAAGAAAAACUGUGCAAAUUUAGAUGUGAAAAUGUAGUUGGCUGGGCUUGCUAACUACCAGUCAACGGCAUUACAGAACGUAUUUUGUAUCAGUGAAUGUUUAUCAUUCCUGAAUGGAAAUGUGACGCUAAUGAAACAACUGCGCAAACAGAAAACACAUGCUAAAGAAAAACAGUAGAAAUUUAGAUGUGAAAAUGUAGUGUGCCAGGCUUGCUAGCUACCAGUCAGCAGCGCUACAGAACAUAUUUUGUGUCAAUGAAAGUUGAUCAUUCCUGAAUGAAAAUGUGACGCUAAUAAAACAAAUGCACAAAGAGAAAACAUGCUCAAGAAAGAUGGUGCAAAUUUAGGCGUGAAAAGGUAGUGUGCCAGGCUUGCUAGCUACCAGUCAGCAGCGCAACAGAACGUAAUUUGUGUCAGUGAAUGUUGAUCAUUACUGAAUGGAAAUGUGACGCUAAUGAAACAACUGCACAAACAGAAAACGUGGUAAAGAAAAAAGAUGCUAAUUUUAGCAUGAAAACGUAGCGCGCCAUGCUUGCUAGCUACCCGCCAGUGGCUUUACAGAACGUAUUUUGUGUCAAUGAAUGUCAAUCAUUCCUGAAUGAAAAUGUGACACGAAUGAAACAACUGCUCAAACAGAAAACAAAUGUUUAAUAAACGGUGCAAAUUUAGGAAUGAAAAGGUAGUGCGCCAGGCUUGCUAGCUACCAGUCAACGGCUUUUAUUGUGUCAAUAAAUGUCGAUCGUUCCUGAAAUUGAGCACUUUUUUCCUGAUGAAGUUAGCUCUGUUCAGCUCUGUUGGCAUUGCAGUUCAGUUAGCUUUGCUUGCCACUAUACCUUUGAGUUUGAAGUACUGGUCCAACAACAAACAGAGUCAGGUACCAGCUGAGGAAACUGUAGUUUUUGUCAACUUAAGAAUCAACUGAUCCUCCCAUUUAGAUGGUGGAGACCAAAACUUAGUUAAAAGGAAGGAGUUCUGAAACGGCAAAGAGCUGGUGAUCCAGUUCCAAAUUUCUGUAUCUAUCUGCUUGAACUUAAUUUAAAGUAUGCAACUGUUUGCUAAAAUAUCAAAGACUUUCAAGAUCGCUGUUUUUGAAUGUUCCCAUGAAGAGAGCAAAAAUUGAUUCGAGAAUGUUAAACGGAGAAAGCAUCAGAUCAAAAAACAAGUCAGUGAAUAAGAGACCAAAGGGAAUUGCUUUCUAAAAAGUACAUGAUGUGCUAUAUUUGGCCUCAAAAGAAAACACACUCACGCAAACACAAGAGUAUAAGAGGCAUACAUGAAAAUGACCUUUUUCAUGUGGAGUCUGGUGUCAGUUUUACCCCCAAACUCCUGCAGCACAUUAAGAAUCAAACCAUUCUUGAGUCUCAGCUGGAUAGACUCUUCAUUCCCAAACCAGACUGGAGCUUUUCAAGUCCCUGAACAGUCGACAGUUCAGACAUAGAGGGUUGUUCCUGAUGAAAGGGUUUGGCGUAGAUUCAUUCCUGCAAAGCUUUUCAGCAUGCAAAUAUGCUGCAUUUCCUGCCAAGAUGGCAGCGCUCACUUCUAUCAGAUAGUAGGCAGGACCUACAGGGGAGGGACACAGGCUGUCAGGUCAGCCAGGAAUGAAAUUUAUUGCCUUUCUUGACUUAAGAUCAUCCAAAUAGUGAAGUCCCAGAGUCUGAGGCCUUGUAGAUGAUAACAGCAGGGUGAAGAUUUAUGGGAUUAUUGGAGAUGUGUCCCAGCGUGGGCUGCUCGAUUGAUCAUAUUCUAACUGCAGCAACAAAAGUCACUGCCAGCCUCAUUUGGGACAAAAAAUGUUGAUGUUUCUAACAACGUCUGCUGCUCAUUGAAGCUGCAGACGAUCUGAGGAGAGUUCGCAGGAGGAGUUUGGCUUAACAGAGGUGAAGUAUUGCAGCAGAGUAAAUUUGGCGGAUCUGUUAUCUGGUUUUAUACAAGAGCCUCAUUGAAUUUCCCUCCUGUUUCAACUUCAGAGCUUCUUUACCUUAUAUGCCCGGCUCAUUUUGGCCUUUUUUUCUAUGUGAGGCUGUUAUUGAUAUUAGAUGUCAAAAUCCAAAAGAAGCAGAAGCUCUGCCUAAAGUACCGCUAGUUUAAUGGUUCACAGCGCAGCCAAACAAACGUAUGUUGUCGUGGUAAAACAGUGCGUUAAGGUGCCAAUAAUCCUCUCAAAGUGUGUUUUUUUUUGCGUGCUGAGGUUCAAUUCCAAGUCAAAAAAGUUGCCUACAGACUUUUUACAAUGAACUUUUUUCUCUCCGUGAGGAUAACCUCGAUGUGCAUCCACUUUAUAAAACCUGGGCGCCUCUUUGACGCCACAAUUUUAACGGUUUUUGAAGCCCAAUGUCCGGGGUCCACCAUAUUGGAACGUCAAUACAAAAGGAGUUUUGAUCAAUCUAGAAACUGGUGAAGAAAUGGUCAAUUUGGACGCACAUUUUUAUGCAAAUCCAACUUUGAUAUUGGCUUUAAUCUGGAUUCCUUGAUGUUUGGGCCAGCCUCUAGUGGACACUUGAGGAACUGCACUUAAUUUCACCCCCUCGUCGGCUUCAUUUGUCCACUUGUUACAAAGUUGGAGAACACACUUGUGAGCUCUCUCUGGUGGGGGAAGUUUAUAACGUGACCCUGUGUCUACACAACUUCAAACAUCAUCAUUCACGUCUUUUACUGCCGUGUGUUGUCGUAUAUAUUUAUUACCGGCGGUGUCUUAUCGCCCAGAUCCUUCUGUCCUUCCAGAAGACUCUGCUGUUUUUAUUUCCAUCUGUCUUUUUUAUCGUCCUUUUCUUCCACGUCUCUAUCUUCUGCUUCUGCAUCUUUUUUUUUUUUUUUUUGUACGCUUUGCACCCGUAAUUCCUCCUGCUCUUUCACCCAGUCUUUACCUCGAUUUGUUUUGCUUCUUAUCAGAUUUUGUCUGCCGCCCCACACACACACACUCGCACACACACACACACUCUAACUCCGUCUCUUUUCCUUCUCUCUGUUCCCCUCUGUUGGCCUCCGCUGGCCAAAUGCCAUACGUUUUCCCAAAAGUGGUCCCCCCUCUGGUUCUAGACACACACACACAGAGUUUUAGCCCCCCCAGUCAUUCCCGUCUCACUACGCUCCUUAUCGUACCUUUGAUCUGCACAGGGGUGUUAUGACAGUUUAUCUUUCCCUGUGGCGCGAGUGAGAGAAGUACGCUGUUAGUCUAUUUCUGGCUUUGUUUUGAAAGGAGCGCUAAACUCGCCGUUUUACUCCCCGAGCAGUUUCACGAUCGCGCACAAAUGUGGAAAGCACAGAUCGUUUGGCUGGCCAGCUGUGCAGUUGUGUAGAAAGAAUUUAAUAUUCAUUCGUGUGUGUGUGUGUGUGUUUGUGUGUCCGUGACCUUAUUUGCCUGUGUGUGCGAGACUGAGUGGAUGUGUGUUUACUCGUGCCGGCCUCACUCUCUGCAGGUAAACAGUCGUGAAUUCUGAGGGUUUCUCAUCUAUGUAAACAAAGUCCUGUAUACGUAACAUGAUAUAUCAAUGUACUGUAAUAUGCAAGUUAAAACAAUAAAAGGAUUAUUGAGAUACGAAGAACGACAGGAAAGAGUUUGUUUGCCUGUUAAGUCAAGACUUUAUUUUUAUUCAUACUCUUGAUAAACAAUUAUGAGCUUUAGUGGAAUUAUCAAGAUUAGAAGACUCACAGUUUUCUGUUAGAUGAAGGAAAAACACCAAAAGUUGACAUAACUUUGCAAAAGAGGAUGUUAUAAACCAAGCAAAGACUUUCACUUUUGAUUCCCAGAGGGGAGUGAAUAAAGAUCUCAUUUCUUCUGACAUAUCUAAAGCCAACAGUUAUGACUUCAAUCCACAAAAAAGUAUGAAGGAGUAAUCAUUAAAAGCAGGUAUUUACUGUGUGUGCCAGAUGUUUUAUGAAAGCGGCAUUUCUGAUCCAAACGAGAGGUUCAAAACAACAGUGGUACCUCAGUGGUGUUCGCUAAUAAAUGUUUCAACAUCAAAUAACAUUCCUGAAGGUACAAAAGACCAAUAAGGUAAGCUGUUGCCCAUGAGGGCCAAGUAGAUGGUCAGAUACCAUUCACUUCAUACUGCGAACCAGCAGGUGGCAGUAUAUGCCCAUAUAAAUACAUUAAUGAAAUAGAUAGAGCAAGAUUAUUACAUAUAACAUGCUGUCAUCCCAUUUGUUAAACUAUUACCACAAUUUUCUAAAUUAGCGUCUUAUUACGUUCAAAUUGGCAGAAAACUAGAGAAUAAGUACAAUCACUCAUUUAUAUUUAAUAAAUGUUCAUUGAGUUAAAAAAUCGUACCCGGUUUAUAAAGUCUAAGCUGUUUUGCAUUAAGCAAAAUCGCCCCCUAGUGGCCAUUCAAAAAACGCAGGUUUGAGGUACUUAAGGAAAUACCAAAUAAAUAAACUCAAUCAACUCAGUUCCUCCAUGCCGGCACAAAGACAGUAGCCCUCUUAAAUAGCCCAAACAAGCUGUAUCAAUUAUUUUAAAUGUUAAUGAAGUUUCUAAGCUUUAUUUAUUUAACCCCAAAAUUUAUCAGAAAAUAGACACUCAAGCAUGGACUGGCACAAUAAUGGAUUCAAUGUGUAGUUUGAUUUUAAAGUUGAAACAAUGUCCUAUCUGUCAACAUGGAGGAGGUUGGCUCUUUGAUUUGUACUGCCCCCUGCCAGUAGGGGGAGCUCUAAAAGUUAAAGCUUCACUUUUAGGGAACUGUCAUGUCGUUCAGUCUACUGGUAUGUGUCAGGGCUGUCACAAAAUCACACUUUCAUCUCAAGAUUCACCAUGUUUUAAGACUUGUAGAUAAACAAUAUAAAAAUUUAAUUUGAGGAAAAGCAAGACAAGGAUGGGGCAACACAUUACUUCAUAAACUCUGCUAAUUAACGUAGCUAUCUUACAUGUUAUUACCUAUUUCUAAUAAUAUUGAAAUUUGUGAUUAAUCCACAUCAUUAGCUCGUCAUUUUAACUGCUUUUAUCACGCCAUAUGCUACUUCUGGUAGAUCGCAAGUGACAGAGUUGAAUGAAAACUGUUGAAAGAGCUGUCAGAAAGUAGAAAUGUUGCAUUGAUUAGAAAGCUCUUACAUUGUUUUGUGAUUCACGAUAAAUCUUGAAAGUAACUAGAAGAGCCGAAUAAUGUCCCACUGGGGCUGAUUCAGUGAGCUAGCUAGCAGUUCUUCGUCUGUCCUCUCUUUUAUUGCGUGUGGCAGCCAGCGACAAGAACGACUAUUAUGAAGUCAUGGGAUUAACAGGAUAUUAAUAUUAUAGCUUUUUAAAAAGAUGAUAUGCGUCAAGCUUCUUUUUUGCGGCGGUUUGGUAAAGAAGCCCCCUGGUGGACACAUGAAGAAAUGCAGGUUGUAGUUACUUUUUAGGAGCAACAUUCACUUUUUAAACCUUGAUUUUUUAAAGCAGAAUUGUGAAAAUUUCAACAUUCAUUCAAGUGUGUUAUCAGGAAUUUUCCAUGAAUGAAAAAGUAGAAAUAUGAAUUUAGAAAUUACACUCUCACCUCUCUGUCCCCCUGCAGUGUUGAACGGCCCUCCCAUGUCCGUGAAGAAGGAGCGGGAAGCAGAGCUCCUGAUCAACCGGCGGGAGCAGCGCAGCGGAGAGGUCAUCUGCAUCGACGACUAGACUCCACACACACACACAUGUAUACACACGACACACACACAGAAACACACACUGAAACCCAUCUGCUGCAAAGAUAUCUCCAAUUCCUCUCUGAGAAAGUUCUCAAACUUUACUGUCUCUACUGACUGGUACUCUGCUCAAACUGAAAUCACACACACGGACACAGACACACAAACCCCUGCAGUACAUAUUGUCUCAUAACUUCUUGUGACCUUUUCUUGUCUGCCUCAAACCAUUAUACUCCUCAUACGCGGCCUCCUCACACAGGCCUCCUCCUCCUCUUGAGAUGCUUCUAACCUCGUCUGCACACAUUUAACACACGCAAACACGCACUCACACACAAACACACACCACCUCAAUUCUAAAAAACCUUUAGAUCUCUCAAUAGACCAUGUAACCCCCUCUCCUCCUCCUCCCUCUCCAAUCUCGACAGGAAGCUGCAUGUGAAAAUCAUUUCUCCCGCCGCACUCCAUCCCCUGAAGCAUGCUCGAAUCACGAUAAUGCUGUCUCGUGGAAAGGAAAAAAGAAAAGCUGUGCCUACGGUCGUUUUAUUUCAAAUUCUCAGAGAGCGGCUGACCCCUCCGAUCUCUGGAUCCGAGCAGCUCCCAGCACAGCUCCAUCUCUUGUGUUUCAAUCUUCAUAUAAACACACGCAGCAAGACGUGAUGAUAAUAUUCAGGAAUUGUUCGCCCACGUAUAUACGAGUAUUUCCCGCCAUCCUAUCUCGCUUCUAUCUACGUUCAGAUUUCUGUACAGAGCUUUGAGGUAUUUUGGGGGGUUUGUUCCAGAAAAAGCCUCGUGCUAUUUUUCAGAAAACCUCCUUUGAAUGUUUAUAACCUUUCAUAAGCAAGUCAGUGUUAUUAAAACCGAUUGAUCGACCCCAACACUCCUCCCCCCUUCCUCUCUCUCUCUUCUUUAUCAGUCCUUUUUUUCCGUUUCCAAUUUUUUUCUUUCUCCAAACCUGUGAUAUACUUUGCAUAUUUAAACCGCUCAUUCGUGUUCUCUUUGUGUUUCUACUCUCGCAGUUAUGAGUAUCGUUGUCGUUGAUGUUGCCGUUGUUCUCGCUGUUGCUAUUCGAGGAAGAGCUUCUACCAAAAGAGACAUUUUUUUUUCGUGUGCGCGCGUGUGUUUAAAACGAUAAAAACAUGUGCGACACACGAUGCACCUCCACGCCAUGUUUGUCCUAUAACUACAAGAGAACGCAAACGAAGAAGUUGAGCUAACUUCAGAGGUAGAUAUAUUACAAGAAAGCUACUUUUUUCUCGCUUAUGUUUUAGAUCUGGGGCUUGCAAAUGACAUAUACACAUGUAGAAAAUAGGCCAUAUGUAACCCUUAAAGCCUCCCUAAGCAAAAAACAACUAUGUAUACUAUCUAACCUGCAUUAAAAUACAAGAUAAUUAUCUGAAAAAUCCAAGGCUGGAAACCCAUUUUGUAAACCGUAUCAUUAAAAAACGCCUUAAUAAACUUAGCUGAACAAAUGUAAAAUAAUGAAACUGAUUUAAGACCCUGAUGUCAACUGUUAAUCCUCGUCAGUCUGCUUUGAGUUAAAAACGGAGAUAGUAAUUUAUUCCCCAAUCCCACUCAUGUAACGCUAAUCCUCCCCAGGGAAUGCUCAGUCCAUUUUCCAAAACUUUGUUCCAUCGAAAAGUUUUUGCAACCCUUGAACUAAAACGUUGUAAAAAAAACAAAAAAACAAACAAGCACUUAGUUCUUUUUUUUUUUCCACUUCUACUUUGUCCUUUUUUCAGAUUUUUGUGUUAAUUUCUUGGUAUCUCGUGUCACUGUGUAUGUAGUGGUGCCGAUCAAAUGAUGAGUGGCAGUUAAAACAUGUCAAUGAUGACGCAUCUCCUGUUUUUUUUUUUUUCUUUAUUUUUUUUUUGUUUGUAAUAAAACUGAAUCAAAUGAUAAA